AUGGAAGCGCCCCAGCAGAUUACCGACAUCAAGAAGUUCCUUGAGAUUGCUCGCAGAAAGGACGCCUCGGCGGCCCGCGUCAAGAGCACCACCCGUGCCGACGGCAAGCAGGUCACCAAGUUCAAGAUCCGCUGCUCGCGCUUCCUCUACACCCUCUCGGUCGACGACAAGCAGAAGGCUGAGAAGCUCAAGCAGUCGCUUCCCCCUGGUCUUAACGUUGUCGAGAUCGGCAAGCCCGUCAAGGGCCGCAAGUGUAUGGCAGGCUCGAUGUCCGCAGGCACCGGGCUGAUCAUGUCGUCACACAAGCACAUCUUUGACCGCGGUCAAGAAUAA